CUCGAGUCGUCCAACGCGAUUACUCGAGGUGAGAACUGCGAGAUUCGUGUAGUAAAAGUGGCCUAUCUCAGUGCGAGUGUAUUAAUGUUAAAUUAUUCUAAUAUUUUACGAGCUGGCGAGUGAUAGAUACUGUUGUUGUUGGUACUAAAUGUUUUAUUUCUACUGAUGAUAAAAAAGAACAUAAAGAAUGACGCUGUCAAAAUAAACUGAAAAUAAAUAAAUAGGGCUAAAAUACAACGGCGUUUUGGUCGAACUGUGCUAAAAUGAACCUUUAGUCGUGCGUGAUAAAAGUGACAUUAUUUUAUUUAUUUCGGGUUUGAUGACCGAAUUGUGGAAGAAAUUAUGAUUACAUUUCGAAGUGAUCGGUGAUGAGGUGUGUGAUCAGCCACUAGUUCAUAAUGGACUGGAGAGUCCGGAGACAAGUUUGAAGUCAUUGCUGAAGUCGAGGCCACGGACUUUUGGAAUAGAUAAACAUGGAAAGCCAAAAGCAAGAAUCUACAGAAUGCGUCGAAGAACAAGGACCAAAUAGCAAUAACAAAGACCUUUCUGAAGAAGUGAAUAAUGAACAGGAUACGUUUUCUUUGAAAGAAGAAAAAAAUAGUGAUAGUGAUGCUAACAGUGACGAUCUAAGUUCUAACGAUGAACAAAUUAAUGUAAAUAGUAGCAGCAACUCUCAGUUUUAUGAGGGUAGUGAUAGUAAACUAGAUUAUGCUGUAAAGAUUGAAGACAGCGAUACAUUAAGUGAUAUAGAGGACAUAAAAACAGACACGGCAUCUGCUGACAGUGAAGAUUCAGCAUUAGGAAGUUUACCUCCAGACAGUAAUCCAAACGAACGAGAAGAAGAUGCACAAGAUCGCUCUGAUGGAAGUGAUUCAGGUAUUGGGUCAGAAACAAAUGAAGAUUCCAAGCUACCAAGUUUCAAUCUUGCUCUUCCUUGUGCCAGUAGUAGUGUAAAUAAUUCUUCUUGCAGUAUAGAACAGAAUACAGAAAGCCUAAUUGAGGUUAAAAAAGAUCAAGACAAUCAAGAUAAUAAUGAAAAAGAUUCGAGUAGCCCCCAAGUUGAUAAACCCAUGAAAAGUAGUCUUAAGAGAAAACAUGAAGAUGAUAGUGCUGAAGAGCCACAAAUCAAGAGGAAAAAAGAGAGUAUACAAUUUGAUAAUGUUACUGUGUAUUAUUUUCCCCGUGCACAAGGUUUUUCUUGUGUGCCAUCGCAAGGUGGUUCUUCUUUAGGAAUGGAAUGGCAACACACACACUCUGAAAAAUUUACUCUAUCGGAACAUGCACUAGAACAGAGAAGACUUCAUAGACAGAUUCUGCAGCAAUUAAAAAGUGAACGACACUCCAUUCAAGGAGCAUCACUAUCUUCGAGUGAAGAUAGUGAUUCUGAAGAAGAAGCUAGCGAUAUAUCUGAAUCAGAAUUAGAUUUGGACAGUUACUAUUUCUUACAGCCUAUACCUACCCGACAAAGAAGAGCGCUUUUACGAGGAGCAGGAGUAAGGAAAAUAGAAGCUUAUGAAAAGGAUGAAUGCCGAGAUAUAAGAACAUCGCGUGAGUUUUGUGGCUGUGCCUGUAAAGGGGUUUGUGAUCCUAAUAACUGCUCUUGUAGUUUGGGUGGUAUAAAAUGUCAAGUUGAUCGAUUGAAUUUUCCCUGUGGAUGCACUAGAGAUGGCUGCGGGAAUACAACUGGACGAAUAGAAUUCAAUCCUGUUAGAGUACGAACUCAUUUUAUUCACACCCUUAUGAGGAUAGGCCUUGAAAAGAAAAAUGAAGAAAAUCAAGCGGUAGCUAAAAAGCAAUGGAAUGAAGCACAUAAUAGCAAUACCAGUUCAUGUGUAGCAAAGACUUCGUAUGAAAGAGAGCGUUGUAUGAGUCACGAAGAUGGGAUGUUGCGAGACGUAAAUCUGACGCCAAGGGUGGAAGUCGAGUCCUGUGUUAAUUCUGGCAGUUUUAAUAAUGUUCAUUGUGAUAUGAAUAACAUAGCACCACGUGGAAAUAUGCAGGAAAAUGUAGCUUAUGGAUACGCUAAUGAUAAUUCAAAGCAUAGAAAUCUUAACGAAAAUAAUGUAAUGCAUUUUGAUAACUCUAACAAUCAUCACGGCCACGCUGACCCUUACACAUCCAGUAUACUCCAAGGAAAAGGGCCGCCCUAUUCUAACGUGAUGGGUUUCAAUGUCACGUCGAAUAAUAUGCAAAGAUAUCCUUGUGAAAUGAAUUAUUCGUACGACCAGCACACCGAUAAUAAUCACCAUUUUAAAGGCUUACAAAGUUUUUCUGCGUCUAGUUUCGAGGAAUUCGCUCACAAUUCGCACAUGAGUAUGUUCAGUCAUUACGGCCAUAUGUAUGUUCCAGAUUAUUUACAUAAACCGAAUACGAGCGGCAACGAGCACAAUACACUACAACAAUAUCACACGAUGCCGCAAAAUCACUACGAAUCAUACAAGAAUGUAGAGUGCGCAAGCACGGAGAGCAAAGCCGACGCUCAGUAUACCACAUUGAUGACAUUGCCAUAUCAAAAUAGCAAUAAACUGCAGACGGCAGAGAACGAUGAGAAUUGGUUCAGCCACAACACGUUGCUGAAUUUAGAGCAAUCGGAGCACGCGACGCAGAACACCGCCGACCUACAGACCUCACCCGGCGCCGCGGCUGAGCCCACUUCCACAGCGGAACCCACUGAAAACUUCGGAGAGUUGAUUAAGAAAACUAUGGUAGAGUCUGUUACUGUGUAGUUGAAUUACUUGUUGUCUUUUAAUUGUCAUAUUGAAUUAUCAUGUUAUUAAAUUUUUAAUUAUAUUAAUUGGGAAUUCGA